AUGACUAACUUGCCUGUGCAGACCGACGAAGACGCCGUGUACGAGCAGGACAUCGUGAGGGACCCGGGAAACACGAAACCAUGGCUGGCCUACAUCGAGUUCAAGCUUCAGCACGGCACCGUCCUCGAGCAAGCCUUCGUUCUUGAACGAGCAUGCAUACAACUCCCGCGCUCAUACAAGCUCUGGAAAAUGUAUCUCCGAUUCCGUACGAAACAUGUCUCGAAGCUUAAUGCUGCGAUCUUCGCCUCCGAAUACCGCAAAGUCAAUGCGCUCUUUGAGAGGGCCCUAAUUCUGUUGAACAAGAUGCCUCGAAUAUGGGAAAUGUAUCUGAAGUUCCUCUUACAGCAACCACUGGUAACCCUUACGCGGCACACUUUCGACCGAGCCCUUCGAGCACUGCCCAUCACCCAACACAACAGGAUAUGGGCUCUAUAUCGACCAUUCGCCAACUCUGCCGCAGGAGAGACUGCUGUCAAGAUCUGGCGCCGUUACAUGCAAGUCCAUCCCGAAGAUGCCGAGGACUUCAUUGAGCUCCUGACUCAAGUGGGGCUAUACACGGAGGCCGUGAAGAAGUACAUGGAUAUUCUGAACAACGCCCGCUUCAACAGCAAGCAAGGGAAGGGGCAUUACGAACUAUGGGGCGAAAUGAUUGAUUUGCUUGUUGAACACGCAAACGAUAUUGAGACUGGCCACGAGUCGGGUAUCGACGUCGAGCGCAUCAUCCGCAGUGGCAUCGAUCGCUUCGCCGACCAAAGGGGGAAACUCUAUUGUGGUCUUGCAACAUACUGGGUCCGGAGGGGGAGCUUCGAGAGGGCUAGGGAUAUCUUUGAGGAGGGUAUCACAACUGUCAUGACCGUUCGCGACUUUACUCUCAUCUUCGACACGUAUGUGGAAUUCGAGGAGUCCAUCAUCGGCGCAUUAAUGGAACUAGCUUCGAAGCGGACUGAUCAGGAUAUCGAGGACGAAGACGCCGAUUUCGAUCUCGAUAUACGCAUGAUGCGCUUUGAACAGUUAAUGGACCGUCGCCCGUUCCUGCUGAACGAUGUUCUGCUGCGUCAGAACCCCAACACUGUAGCCGAAUGGGAGAAGCGCGUGGCCUUGUGGGGAGACAACAAACAAGAAGUUGUCCAAACUUACACGAACGCAAUCGCUGCCAUUCAACCGAAGAAAGCUGUCGGGCCAUUCCACCAGCUCUGGGCAAAUUACGCCAAGUUCUACGAAAAGGGGGGUGACAUCCGGAACGCGCGGGUCAUUAUGGAGAAAGCAGUCAAGGUUCCGUUCAAGUCGGUAGCCGAGCUGGCUGAUAUGUGGAUUGAAUGGGCCGAAAUGGAACUGCGUAACGAGAACUUCGACGAAGCGGUCAAAAUCAUGGCGAAGGCCGUCCAGGCACCGAAGCGGUCUAACGUCGACUACUUUGACGAGACACUAUCUCCGCAGCAAAGAGUGCACAAGAGUUGGAAGCUAUGGAGCUUCUACGUGGAUCUUGUGGAAAGUGUGAGCUCCCUCGACGAAACGAAGAAGGUGUACGAAAGGACAUUUGAGCUACGAAUUGCCACCCCACAGACGGUUGUCAACUACGCCCAGUUGAUGGAGGACCACAAAUACUACGAGGAGUCGUUCAAGAUCUACGAAAGGGGUUUAGACCUCUUCAGUUACCCAGUGGCUUUCGAGCUCUGGAACUUGUACCUCACCAAGGCGGUUGACCGGAAGAUUGGCAUCGAACGACUUAGAGAUCUCUUUGAGCAGGCCGUCGAGGAUUGCCCGCCAAAAUUUGCCAAGGUCUUGUACCUAAUGUACGGCAAUUUGGAAGAAGAGAGGGGACUUGCGCGGCAUGCCAUGCGAAUCUACGACCGAGCAACACAGGCGGUUUCCGACGAAGACCGAGCCGACAUGUUCAAUUUCUACAUCACCAAGUCGGCUUCCAACUUCGGUCUUCCCUCAACUAGGGGCAUCUACGAACGUGCCAUCGCCGCACUCCCUGAUGAAGAAGCUCGAGAUAUGUGUCUCAAGUUUGCCGACAUGGAGAAGCGCCUCGGUGAGAUCGAUCGCGCCCGCGCCAUCUACGGCCACGCCUCGCAGUUUUGUGAUCCACGUACCAACCCUGCCUUCUGGACCAAGUGGGAGCAAUUCGAAGUCCAGCAUGGCAAUGAAGAUACCUACAGGGAGAUGCUGCGCAUCAAGCGUAGUGUCCAGGCACAAUACAACACCGAUGUCAACUUCAUCGCCUCGCAGGCCCUCGCGCGUAGCCACGCAAUUGCCGCGAAUGGAGAGGUUGACUCUGAGGUCACUGAUGCCAUGGAGCAACUGGAACGACAAGCACGUGCGCCUGUGGGCUUUGUGGCGUCGACUGAAGGAAUUGCGGGGACAUUGAUACAGGAGGAACAGCCAGUGGUGGCGUCGAAUCCGGACGCGAUCGAUAUCGACGGCAUGGAUGACGAGUGA